GAACAACUACAAAAGACGAAGCCGACUUCGCUGUACAAUCUUUUUGUGUCGAUUUUGCAGGACCCGGACUGCGUCCUCAUCUUGGGCUACAUUGGGUACCUGCUGAAAGCGUUCAACGAGCGCAACACCCAUGAAGAUGAACUUCUGAAGUCUCAGCUGAUGGACAAAAUGCACUCCCGCAAGGAUAAGGCCGAUGUAGAGGAGGCGGCGAGUCUUCGAAAGGAAGUGCGCCGCGUUGCUGACCGCAUCAUGGGCAAGCGUUUCUCGCUCGAGCUUCUGUGGCGUGAGCUCUACAACAUGAAGGAGUUCGAUUGCCAGGACGCUUCUACGCCACUUGCUUCUGAACUCUUGCCUGUGCUUUCGCCAAAUCCUGGCGUGGACGCGGUCGAAAAAUUGUUGACCAUGAUCAACAUGGGCGAGCCGUUCGAGAUCAUCGACGGAGACACGCUGUCGAUUCCAAAGAAGACACUGGCGGAAGCUUUCGGUACUUUCGGUAAGAAGCGGGUGCUCGUCAUCAGCAUUCUGGGACCGCAGUCCUCAGGCAAGAGCACGUUGCUGAACUUUCUCUUUGGAUGCAAGUUCUUCACCAGUGGUGGCCGAUGCACGAAAGGUGUCUACGGAUCCUGCAUUGAGCUGGAGCAUCCGGACUACGAUUUGCUGAUGGUGAUUGACACCGAAGGACUCAAAAGUCCGGAGAAGGGCGAUCCCGAAUUCGACCGAAAAAUCACGCUUUUCUGCCUCGCGGUAUCGAACCUCGUGAUCAUCAACGUGAAUACCGAACUCGAUCGCAGCAUGCAGGAGCUGUUGGAGAUCUGCAUCUACUCCUUGGACGGGUUGAACAAAGCGAAAAUGGCCAUGCCGCAAGUGUUCAUGGUCUUCAACAAGAACGCGUCGGAUAGCAAGGCUCCUUACCUGGAACAGAUCAAUAAGAUCAGUGAAAGCAUCCGCGAAUCUAAACCGGAGGCAAAGGAUGCGGCAGACGCAAUGUUGUUUACCGAGGAAAGGCUCGUCUUGCUGUCGUUUGCCUUCGAGUCCAAAACGGACGAGAAAGAUUCCAAGCGUGGCCGAGUGGAGGAAUGGGAGCGAUUGCAGCCCAGCACGCGUUUUGCAAAGGAGGUUGCGGCGUUUUCGAAACAGUUGCUCGGCUCGUCGGUUUCUUUGA